AUGUGUCGUCACACAAUUACUUCCUGUUUCCGGUUGGUCUCUUCCGUUCUCGGGACCCACGUGUGCCUGGUUUCUGUAGCAGUUGAGCGGCUAAAACCAUUAUUUUGUAUUAUACUGUACAUUAUAAACAUGCGACCCUUAACGGAUGAUGAAACCAAGAUCAUGUUUGAAAAACUUUCAAAGUAUAUUGGGGAAAAUAUUAAGCUGUUAGUGGAUCGACCAGAUGGGACGUACUGCUUCAGACUUCACAAAGAUCGCGUGUUUUAUAUAAGUGAAAAGAUUUUGAAAUUGGCCACCAAUAUAUCCCGGGAUAAGCUGGUGUCAGCAGGCACCUGCUUUGGGAAAUUCACCAAGACCCAGAAAUUCCGCCUCCACAUCACUGCGCUGGACUUUCUGGCUCCUUAUGCAAAGUUCAAAGUGUGGGUGAAGCCCGGUGCGGAGCAGUCCUUCUUGUAUGGAAACCACAUUCUCAAGUCCGGCCUCGGCAGAAUUACGGAGAACACUGAACAGUACCAGGGAGUGGUGGUAUACUCUAUGGCAGAUGUUCCAUUGGGGUUUGGAGUAGCCGCAAAGUCCACACAGGUGUGCCGGCAUGUGGACCCAAUGUCCAUUGUGGUGUUCCAUCAGGCAGACAUCGGGGAGUACAUCCGAAGUGAGGAUACUCUCACUUAAGACUGCAGUGAGGAUUGGAGAGUGUGGAGACCCAGACCAUAUUGCACAAACGAACUGUUUUGGGAUCGUCAGCAUGGACAGUUGAUUUGCAGUCGGUCCGCCUGGUGCACCUCCUAUUGUCACUUUCUGCGGUUUUACCAGGAAUUUCUGUCAUAACCCUAUAUUCUUUUUGACUGAAAUAAAACAUUUUAUUAUUAUUAUUAAUUUUUUUUAUGUAACAGAUUGUUGGUUAUCCUUCGCAAACUGACCUCUUGGCCCAGCAGUUUGUGUUUUUGAUGCCCUGUGAAAUCAACCUAAAACCAGCUGCUGUUUUGUUUAGGAAGGGGGGGGCAUAAUUUGAGAAGUGUAGAAACUAAACAUAACGUUGCUAAAGCUGGGGCUGGGAAGUGGCCAAAAUUAUUGUUUUUGCUAUAUCAAUUUUCACUGUAUUGAGUCAAUAUUCUUUUCAAAAUGAAAUGUAGGGCGACACAAUACCAUUUAUCAUGCGUUCUCUAUCAAGGAUUUGAAUAAAAAUCAAUAGGAUGCAAACCA